AUGGCCUCUCAGGGAAGAAAAUGGCUUUCAAGAGAGGGCUUUACGUCUGACGUCCUUCGGCGAUGGAUUCAUGGCACUAUCCUCAGCCCGUGGAAGAUGAUUCCAUUGCUGGCCUUGGUACAGUAUUCUGGGAAAGGUCGCAAAAUCUUGAAGUCGCGUCCUAAUCUUCUUAAGGCGCUCCAGGCGCUCACUUCAUUGGCUGUGCUCGGUCGUCUGGGGCGCUGGUUGGAUCGUCGCUCUGUGAAUAAUGGCACCUCAGACUACUACGACUGGCAUCGUGAGGUGAUCGUUCUGACAGGCGGCAGUGGCGGCAUUGGUCGUCACAUUGCCCAGCUCUUCGGAGAUCACGGCAUCAAAGUCGCCAUCCUAGACCUCAACCCGCCAGCAGAUGCGCUGCCCAACAGUGUACGCUUUUUCCAGUGCGAUAUCACUUCAGUCGAAGCGAUAAAAGAUGCAGGAGAUGCCAUCCGCACAUCGCUUGGUCGGCCCACCAUCCUUGUCAACAACGCCGGGGUCUUGACUGGCAAGACUAUACUAGGAGCUACUCCAGCCCAGACGCGGCUUAUAUUCGAGGUCAACACCCUUGCCCAUUACUGGCUCGUGCAAGAAUUCUUGCCCGAUAUGAUUUCUAAUAACCAUGGAAUGGUAGUUACCGUCGCUUCCCAAGCAGGAUACGCGGUGGCCCCGAACAUGGUGGACUAUUCGGCGAGUAAGGCCGCGGCGAUCGCAUUUCAUGAGGGGCUCGCUGCCGAACUGGUGACUCGCUACCAGGCUCCGCGGGUGCGUACGGUACUAGUCACUCAAGGCUUUACUCGUACGAGCCUCAUCGACAAAUUGACCCCUGAGGAUUCUUUUCUUAAUCCCUUGCUGUAUCCCGAGACCGUUGCGGAGGGCCUAGUCAACCAGGUCCUCAAGGGUGAGAGUGGGCAUGUCCUGGUACCGAGGGUGGCAGGAGCUUUAGCACAACAGUUACGAGGUCUCCCGCAAUGGUUCCAGCAUUCGUUACGCUGCCAGUUGGAGCGACUUAUGCGUGCUGAUUGA